CAGUCAAUACAGACCUUCAAACAACAAACAAAAAACUUUUAAAAUGUUCAAGUUGGUGGUAUUGUCUGCUCUCCUGGCCGUAGCUGCUGCUCGCCCCAGUCUCAUCGAAUCCCACUCAGCGCUGCAAUUGGCACCUGCCGCCACCAUUGCCGUGCAAGAGCCUGUGCUCACCAGAGUGGGCUCCGUGGUGAAGAGCAUCCCCACUGCUGUCUCCCACCAGAGCUCCACCAUUGUGCACAGCUCUGCGCAUGUGGUUGAGGAUAUUGUUGCACCUGCUCUGAGGACUAGCGUUGUGGCUGCUCCAACUUUGGUACAGUCUGUUGCCGCUGCUCCAGCGGUGGUACAAACCGUUGCCGCUGCUCCAGCAGUGGUACAAUCUGUUGCCGCUGCUCCAGUGCUGCACUCAGCUGCCGUACAAACUGUUGCCGCAGCUCCAUUGUUGCAACACGCUCCAGUUGCUCACUUAUCGGCACCUCUGACUAAUUUGCAUGCUGCAUCCCCCCUCGCUCAUGGCUUGUGGUAAACGAAUUGAGAUAUGGACGAUUUAGUUGGACUGCCUGUUUAUUAGUAAAUCUUUCAUUUUUGAUUUCUACAAAAUUUUCUUUUCCCCAUUCUCCUACUUUUCUUUCGAAGCAUUU